AUGCGGAGGGGUGAGCGCAGAGGCGCGGGGGGACCGCGGCAGGGGUCCCCUGUGCCGGCGGGCAAGGCCUCGCUGGAGGAGCCGCCCGACGGCGCGACCGCAGGCCGAGCGAGCGGGCCGGGCGCUGGCCGCCGCAGCACGGAGUCCGAGGUCUACGACGACGGCACCAACACCUUUUUCUGGGGCUUCUCGCGGAGCCUGCUCUUCGACCCCCGUACCGCUGUCUGCAAGCCAGGCCCCGGCGUCAGGCUGCCCGCAGUCUGCCUCGACGGGUCUUACUGGAGGUUCUGGCUCUGCGUCAGCGUGGUCUAUGAGCUGUUCCUCAUCUUCAUACUCUUCCAGACUGUCCAGGACGGCCGCCAGUUUCUGAAGUAUGUGGACCCCAAGCUGGGAGUCCCACUGCCGGAGAGGGACUACGGGGGAAACUGCCUCAUCUACGACGCAGACAACGAGAGUGACCCCUUCCACAACGUCUGGGACAAGCUGGACGGCUUUGUGCCUGCGCACUUUCUUGGCUGGUACCUGAAGACCCUGAUGAUUCGUGACUGGUGGAUGUGCACAAUCGUGAGUGUGAUGUUCGAGUUCCUCGAGUACAGCCUAGAGCACCAGCUGCCCAACUUCAGCGAGUGCUGGUGGGAUCAUUGGAUCAUGGAUGUGCUCGUUUGCAAUGGGCUGGGCAUCUACUGCGGCAUGAAGACUCUUGAGUGGCUGUCUCUGAAGACGUACAAGUGGCAGGGCCUCUGGAACAUUCCGACCUACAAGGGCAAGAUGAAGAGAAUCGCCUUCCAGUUCACGCCCUACAGCUGGGUCCGCUUCGAGUGGAAGCCCGCCUCCAGCCUGCGCCGCUGGCUGGCCGUGUGCGGCAUCAUCCUGGUGUUUCUGUUGGCAGAGCUGAACACGUUCUACCUGAAGUUCGUGCUGUGGAUGCCCCCCGAGCACUACCUGGUCCUCCUGCGGCUGGUCUUCUUUGUGAACGUGGGCGGCGUGGCCAUGCGGGAGAUCUACGACUUCAUGGAUGACCCGAAGCUCCACAAGAAGCUGGGCCAGCAGGCCUGGCUGGUGGCGGCCAUCACAGUCACAGAGCUGCUCAUCGUGGUGAAGUACGACCCACAUACGCUCACGCUGUCGCUGCCCUUCUACAUCUCCCAGUGCUGGACGCUCGGCUCUGUGCUCGUGCUCACCUGGACCAUCUGGCGCUUCUUCUUGCGGGACAUCACCCUGAGGUACAAGGAGACUCGACGGCAGAAGCAGCAGAGCCGGGGUGACCAGGGCAGAGCCGGGGGCGACAUGGAUGGACACCUGCCUGGGCCGGAAGACCCCCCAGGGCCUGUGGAGCCUGAGAGGGAGGGGGUGCCAGCCCCAAACUGA